UUCAUGACUCAGCCAUUCAGACAGGAGAUAUACCAAACACGCACAGAGCGUGUUCGUGUGAACGCGCUAAGUAGGUUACCAUGGAUACCAACAGACCUAGCUAGCGUAGCUUGACUAGCAGGCUAACUUACAGCCAUAAAAACAUGUUUUAACAGUAAUAACGGAUUAUUAUUUCCCCCCCCCACCGUGUGUGUAGUUUGUUAGCUUGCUUGCGAGCUAGGCGGCUUGCUAACAGGUUAUCUAGGUAAGCUAGCUCCCCGGUGUCGGUGUUGAUCAUCAUGGGGAGAGAUGUGGAGGAGGUCGCGGCCGCUGUGGUGCGGGAAUAUCUCAGCAGAAAGGGUCUGAAGAAAACCAUCGCCUGCAUGGACGAAGAGUUUCCACGGACAAACUCGAGCAUAAACAACCGCUCGGAGCUGUGCCGAGUGCUCCACUUAGAGAGUCUGUACAAGAAGAAUAAGAGCGAAGAUCGGCCGCUGAAAACCAUGCUGGAGAUCAUGACGAAGGAGCGGAUGAAGAAGGCCGGAGACGUCAAAAAGCGCCCAGUCGAAGGGGAUGGGAGCGCGGAGCGUACCGCGUCGAAACCCGGUUCUGACUCCGCCGCCGAUGAAGAUCGCGUGACAAGGGGAAGAGAUCUCGCACAACCGCACACGGACGAGAUGAGGUCAUCUGAGACGAGCGCCGUGUCCCGGCUCGGCUCCUCGUCUCCGCCAGAGAUAGAAGGAAACCUCAACGCCAUGUCACCGACGGCAGGCCCGGGCUCGGAGCAGACGCUCGGAGGUGGGGACGGGCAGACAAGCAGGGGCAGCAGAAUGAGGAGAGGCAUCAUGGCAGGUCCUAUUGCUGCCUCCUCUCAGCAGGAAAACGCCAGGAGACGUGGUCCUGUCAGAAAGACCGCAGCGUCUCCGUCUCUUUUACCCAAGAACGAAGAAGAGGAUUCGUCCGGACGGAACCGGAGGAACUGGAGCAGCAGCACCACGGGCGCGUCACACACCGGAUCGGACGAGUUGAACGCCCUCGAGCGAGAAAGCACGCCGUCGAUCAGACAGACUGGACAGAGCGACAGAACGCCUCGACUCAGGGCUCACAGAAAUGACUCGGCGCCUAGUCCAAGACCGGAUGCUCUUCACAUGGCGGGAUUGGUCCUGGAUGACGUAGACGAUCGGGAAGUCUCGACCGGACUGCCCGCUGUUCCCAUUGAUAUCCUCUCGCGUCACCGUGUCUGGAAUAAACGUCCCAUGGACCAGAAAACAGCUAUCGCACUGAAGGAGAUCAUCUUCGGCUCCCCCGCGGCCUGCUUCAGCGAGGAAUGGAGAUGUCAGAGCUUCAGCUUUUCCAGCAGACCCGCUCUGAGAUACGGCAUCGUGCAGAAGAAGGGCGGGCCGUGUGGAGUGCUCGCUGCCGUUCAGGCCGCCGUCCUCCAGAAGCUUCUGUUCGGAGGAACCAGCACUGACGCACUUUCUGAGAGACUGUCCGACGCCACGAGGACGAAGUGCCUGACUGACGCCGUGGCUGGAAUCCUGUGGAGAGCUGCAGACAGGAAGAACGUCACCGUCGCCAUAAACUCAGGGAGGAGUCAGUUCACCCCCAUGGGCCACUACAGAUCUGACGGUGUUCUGGACAUGAUCACCUGCGUGGACGUUCAGAGCUUUGACGACUUAAAGCUGCUGAUCGAACAGCACGUUCAUCAGUUUGAGUCGGGUCCGUUCGGCUGCGUCUUGCUCAUCGUCUCUGCCGUCCUGUCCAGAACGAUUCACACGGUCAGAGGGGACAUGGACGUCCCUACUUCCACUCUGAUCGGCGCACACGGCUACUGCACGCAGGAGCUGGUAAACCUGCUGCUUUGCGGACGCGCGGUUUCGAACGUGUUCGACGACGAGAUGAAGCUCGACUCGGGAAACGGGAAUUUCACCCUCCUGAAGGGGAUCAAAGAGCGCUGCGACUUCGGACUGCUGUCGCUGUACGAGCAUUACAACAUCUGUAAGGUCGGCUCUUACCUGAAGAACCCCAGGUUUCCGAUCUGGGUGGUGUGCAGCGAGAGUCACUUCAGCGUCCUGUUCUCGCCGUGCGAGGAUCUGACGUCCAGCCGCCGGAGCCCGCGAGAGUUUGACCUGCAUUACUACGACGGCCUGGCCAACCAGCAAGACCCCGUCCGAUUAACAGUGUAUCCAGACUCGGCUGUAAAGAUGGCGGACGCCGAGGAUGUGGAUUCGGACCUCACGCCUCCGCUGGAGCUCUGCAUCAGGACCAGAUGGACGGACGCAGCCGUGAGCUGGAACGACAGCGAGCCCAUUCUCUGAUCAGCGGAUGGAUCAGAACGCUGGUCUCGGUUUCCUCACCCGCCUUCUCCCGCGUUUUUUUUUUCUUUCCCGUCCGUGUUUCUGCACGAGUGCACGCUACUCGCCUUCUUUUCAUCUCUUAUUUAUUCACAUAGCCUGCCGUCCUUUCCAUCGGCGGCGGCGCUGUCCUCAGCACGUCUCUGCGCGUUCCAUUCCGCUUGUACCACAGCGGUUUCCAGCGAUUCAUUUAACGUUUACAGGAGGAGUCUCCGGAGUGAGAGGUAAAACUGGAACGUCACGUUUCUCGACGUGUUCGGGACCGAGGACGCGUCUGUUAUAUAAUUCUCGUUAUCAUGACGAUGGGUUUGAAGCGAGGCUGCUGAGGGAACGAGUGUUUAUAGCUGCUAGAGCGUCGUUCCGUGGACGUUCCUCGACUACAAACCGAUCCGAACCAUGACGUUUUCUUUCGAUCGAUGAAAAAUCUUCACCCUCGGCAUGUCGCUGAGGCGCGAGAGGACGGAAACGGAUCAGGACCCGCCGUCGCACAGACACAUCAGAACUUCAGGACCCGGUACGAGGAAACGAAUCCCAGUGGAUUAUUAUGAUAUAUUUAAUAUUAUCCGAUCGUAUCAUACCCGCCUUUCUUUCUUCCCUCCAUCCACGCGCGAGCGGCUCCUGGCCUUUAUUCCCGUUUCGUUUAGAGAUCGGAUUUGAGAUCGGAUUGUCUGCAUGAAAGCGUCGUCCAGUCGAAUAAACGCAACACCGAGAGACGGCUACUAAAACGCCCGCGUCUAGAUCUCGUACCUCCGCGAGCCUCUGCAGUGGAGAUAAAAAGUUUACACACCCCAGUUAAAAUCGCUUCUUUUUUUUUUCUUUUCUGUUGUUUGUUUUUCACUCGAAUCACACACACACACACACACACACACACACACACACACACACUAAGGGUUCUAGUGUAAGAUGCCAGUACGAGACAACAGUGCUGAAUUACAGAACUAUUAAUGUUUAUAAUCAGCAAAAAUGACCAGAAUGACUCACAGAAUGUGUGUGUGUGUGUGUGUGUGUGUGUGUGUGUGUGUGUGAUACUAAACACAGUCUGAUAUUAUAAUAUCAGUUAUUACAGAAUAGUUUUAGAAAGCACAUUUUGUUUCACAUUUCUAGAGGGUGUGUGUGUGUGUGUGUGUGUGUGUGUGUGUGUGUGGUUUGAUCACAACCGGAUCUUCUGACAAUUUCCUGCUAAAUUGUCCCCAUCAGUUUAUACAGGACCAUCUGGCAUUUUUAAUUUUAGCUUUUCGGAUAACGGACCCCUUUCCACCCACGCACAAACGCAGCUCGAGCGUCCUUACCCGACCCUUUCCCCCGACACGCCGCACCCGGACGCACGACGACAGUGCGGCGUCACCUGACGUCCUUCUCCCGUCGAUACCGAGCGCAUGAAACCCCGCAUUCACCGCCUGAACGGAAGCUGCACACCAGCUUCACACAAGCGUGGCCGUUUUUUCUUCAUUCUCAGGGCAGCCUGUUCACCAAGUAAACCGCCACGUGUUCGCGGCACAGCUGAUGUACAUUUAGCCACGCCUCCGGAGAACGGUAAAAGGCCAAGCUCACUCAAAACGGCGACCGAAGGACGAAAAAGCGCCCCUUUAAGCGCGGCGUGUGCUAAAUCUUCCAGUAAUGCGGCUCAGCCGCCGCAGCGUGUUUAGGUAACACCGUAGAAACACACUAACUCCUCCUGCUCCCUCCUUUUAUACGGCGCCAUUACUUUCGUCCCGAGUAUUAAUUUAUCCGCCUUAACGUCUGGAUUCGUCGUCGAUGGCUUCCGAUCGGGUUUUGGACGGAUGUUAGGUCUGACCCCAUCCUUUCUACAAGUUCGGAAAUGCAAAUUUUGUUCACGCCAACUAUCGUCUCUAACAGGACUGACUAGCAUGCUAGCGUUCGUCUCCACAGAGUUAGCAGCGACUCGCAUGUCUAACGUACGUAUUACUUAUGAACCACGGACUUAAAAAACCAUCCGUUAACAGUCGCAUUUGCCGCCGCGGAAUUAUUAACCGGAGACGGUUGAUAAAACGAGGAUGUGGCAACCUGACAGACAGCUUUUCUUUUGUGUCCGAUCGCUAUUUCAUUUAUAAACGUGCACGAAAAGUAAAGUAUUAACCAUUAACGCAGUUUCCUUCACAACGACAAAUAUACAAGAUUCAAAACAUUCAUAAAAUCUACAAAAUGUACCGUCUGGAUUCACUGUAACUCCACUUUAUCCUGAAAUAUACGCAUUAAAAUACUUCAAAAUGUC